CAGCUGCUUAAAACAAAUUAGUGUUGUUGCACAUUUGGAAAAAUUUACAAAAUAUAAACAUUAUUUCCGUAAAUAAAAAAAUUGAAAUAAUAUCAUUUUGUUAUUGUGCUGCAAAUAUAUUUACGUGCGGAGCUGGUAUACAGGAGAUCUAAAUAAGAGACAGCAAAUAACCACGAAAACAAUGAGUUAUGACGACGAUUACCAUGUGGACACAUUUCCUAAGGAAUAUGGCUAUGGAGCAUUCGAUCAAGAAGGUUUAGAUUCAGCGGAUAUGGGUGGCGCCGAUACAGAUUUAAAACCACGUAUUCUCCUGAUGGGCUUAAGACGGUCCGGUAAAAGUUCGAUUCAAAAAGUAGUCUUCCACAAAAUGUCACCCAAUGAAACAUUGUUCCUCGAAUCUACUAGCAAAAUCAUUAAGGAUGACAUUAAUAAUUCAAGUUUUGUGCAAUUCUCUAUAUGGGAUUUCCCCGGGCAAAUAGAUUUCAUUGAUCCUACAUUUGAUUCAGAUAUGAUAUUUGGCAAUUGCGGUUCGUUAGUAUUUGUUAUAGAUGCGAAGGAUGAUUAUAAUGAGGCGUUGACUAAGUUCAAGAAUACUGUGAACAAAGCUUACAAAGUAAAUCCUCACAUAAAGUUCGAAGUGUUUAUACAUAAAGUUGAUGGCAUUAGCGAUGACACGAAAAUGGAAUCGCAGAGAGAUAUACAUCAACGUGCCUCAGAUGAUUUAGCUGAGGUCGGCUUGACGCAAAUACAUUUAAGUUUCCAUUUAACUUCAAUUUAUGAUCAUUCUAUAUUCGAGGCCUUUUCAAAAGUUGUCCAGAAACUAAUACCCCAGUUACCAACUUUGGAAAAUCUGCUUAAUAUAUUUAUAUCGAACUCUGGUAUCGAAAAGGCUUUUUUGUUUGAUGUAGUUUCAAAAAUUUACAUAGCCACGGAUUGCUCACCGGUUGAUAUGCAAAGCUACGAGUUGUGUUGCGACAUGAUUGAUGUGGUCAUAGACUUAUCAAGUAUUUACAGCUCCGAAGAAACGGCUUUUGAUCAACAGAGCUCAAGCUUAAUCAAGCUGAACAACAAUACUAUUUUGUGUUUGCGAGAAGUGAACAAAUUUUUGGCCCUGGUGUGUAUUUUACGUGAAGAGAAUUUUAAUCGCCAAGGCGUUAUUGACUAUAAUUUUCUAUGCUUUCGUGAAGCCAUCAGCGAAGUUUUUGAAUUACGUUUAAAAACUCAGAAAUUACCCACUUUGGAUGAGCGUGCUGAAUUAAUCCCAAACGGACUAGAUGAUAUUAAUGAAGAUGACGUCGGUAAAGAUGAUAAAAUAAUAAACAGAACAAACAAAAUUAUUUAAAUUCCUUAUGUUUUUUGUUUUUGUAAAGAC